GGCAUGCAUGCAACUAGUUUCUAUGAUGCGAAGCCAGCAUCGAGUACUGCUAGGAACCCAGUUAAAAUUCCUUAACAAAAUCAAUGUCAGCCAAACUUUGCACUUCUCUGCAUUGUCACCACAUUUUCUUCAAUCACAUGGUCCAUAUAUUCUUCCAAUCCUUGAACAAAGGAAAAUUGGUCGUGAAUUGGCCAACUUAGUGCAAUUGCCAUGCCCAAACAUACCCAUUCCUUAUUACUAUAAGAAAAUACAUGCCCACAUUGUGGUCUUGGGUUUUCAUCAGCAUGAUAUCUUCCUUAUGAACACUCUAUUGCAUAAGUAUUCUAAACUGAACCUUAUAAAUGAUGCACAGAAGCUGUUCGAUACUAUGCCUCAUAGAAACCUAGUUACUUGGUCUUCCAUGGUUUCUAUGUACACUCAACAUGGUUACAGUGUAGAAGCAUUGGUGUUGUUCUGCCUUUUCAGGAGAACUUGCAGUGAGAUACCAAAUGAAUACAUUUUAGCCAGUGUCAUUACAGCUUGUACGCGAUUGGGUAGUCUCAGUCAAGCUCUCCAGGUGCAUGGUUUAGUUGUUAAGGGUGGAUUUGUUCAAGAUGUUUAUGUGGGUACCUCUUUGAUUGAUUUUUAUGCCAAGCAUGGUUGUAUUGAUGAAGCAAGGUUGCUUUUUGAUGGCCUAGAAGUUAAAACCACUGUCACCUGGACUACAAUGAUAGCAGGAUAUUCAAAAGAGGGAAGAAGUGAAGCAUCUUUAGAAUUAUUCAAUCAAAUGAGAGAGGGUGAUGUCUGUCCAGACAGAUAUGUGAUUUCCAGUGUUCUGAGUGCUUGUUCGAUGCUCGAGUUUCUUGAAGGGGGGAAGCAAAUUCAUGGAUAUGUAUUAAGGAGGGGCAUUGACAUGGAUGUUUCAUUGGUCAAUGGAAUCAUAGAUUUUUAUUUGAAGUGUCACAAAAUGAAGACAGGUAGGAAGUUAUUCGAUCGGCUGGUAGAUAAAAAUGUUGUUUCGUGGACCACUAUGAUUGCUGGUUGCAUGCAAAAUUCAUUCCAUUGGGAUGCUAUGGACCUGUUUAUUGAAAUGGCUAGAAUGAGUUGGAAGCCCGAUGCAUUUGGUUGCACUAGCAUUCUCAAUUCAUGUGGUUCACUCCAGACUCUAGAAAAGGGAAGACAAGUGCAUGCUUACACUAUCAAGGCCAAUAUUGAUAAUGAUGAUUUUGUGAAAAAUGGUUUGAUUGACAUGUAUGCCAAAUGUGAUUCAUUGACUGAUGCAAGAAAAGUCUUUGACCUUAUGGCUGCUAUUAAUGCAGUAUCCUACAAUGCAAUGAUAGAAGGAUACUCAAGACAAGACAAGCUGUAUGAAGCAUUGGAUCUUUUCCGUGAAAUGAGGCUAAGUUUAUUGCCACCAAAUCUAUUAACUUUUAUAAGCCUUCUUGGACUAUCUGCAUCAUUAUUUCACCUGGAACUAAGCAACCAAAUCCAUGGCCUGAUUAUUAAAUAUGGGGUUUCUUUGGACAAUUUUGCUGGAAGUGCUCUAAUAGAUGUCUAUUCAAAAUGCUCAUGUGUUGGGGAUGCAAGACUAGUUUUUGAGGAGAUAUAUGACAAAGACAUUGUAGUAUGGAAUGCAAUGUUUUCUGGAUACACCCAAAAAUUGGAAAAUGAGGAGUCUCUCAAACUUUAUAAAGAUUUACAGAUGUCAAGACUAAAACCCAAUGAAUUCACUUUUGCUGCUGUGAUCACGGCAGCAAGUAAUACAGUAAGUCUGAGACUUGGUCAGCAGUUUCACAACCAGGUCAAAAAGAUGGGUCUUGAUGAUGAUCCCUUUGUCACAAAUGCUCUUGUGGAUAUGUAUGCCAAGUGUGGAAGCAUCGAUGAGGCUAACAAGGCAUUUAGUUCCGCAAAUCGGAGAGACAUUGCCUGUUGGAAUUCCAUGAUUUCAACAUAUGCUCAGCAUGGAGAAGCAGCAAAAGCUCUUGAGGUGUUUGAAAAUGUGAUUAUGGAGGGAGUGAAGCCAAAUGAUGUCACCUUUGUAGGUGUGCUAUCAGCAUGUAGUCAUGCUGGACUUCUUGACCUUGGAUUUCAUCACUUUGAAUCAAUGUCCCGGUUUGGAAUAGAACCAGGUAUGGAGCAUUAUGCUUGCAUGGUUUCUCUCUUGGGCCGGGCUGGUAGAAUAUAUGAAGCUAAGGAAUUUAUUGACAAGAUGCCAAUAAAACCAGCAGCAGUAGUGUGGAGGAGCCUGCUCAGUGCAUGUAGACUUUCAGGUCAUGUUGAACUGGGAGUAUAUGCAGCUGAGAUGGCAAUUUCAUGUGACCCAACAGAUAGUGGAUCAUAUAUAUUACUUUCAAAUAUUUUUGCAUCAAAAGGCAUGUGGGAAAAUGUCAAAAAGGUGAGGGAAAAAAUGGACAUGAGCGGUGUAGUGAAAGAACCAGGUUGUAGUUGGAUUGAAGUUAAUAAUGAAGUUCACAGGUUUAUUGCCAGAGACACAGCCCAUCGUGACUCCACACUUAUAUCUUUAGUUUUAGACAAUUUGAUUCUACAAAUCAAAGGGUUUGGUUAUGCGGCUAAUUCUGUCGCAUUUUUGCUUCUUGAUUGAGAUGAAUCAU